AUCAUCUGGCGACGUCAGCCAGUACGAGCGGUGAGCCGACUGUGCCGCAGCGUGGGACAGCAUGAUUAACAGAGAGCGAUGGGGUGAGUUGUCGAAAUUGCAACGCACAGUCAAUAAUGUCGCAGAUCGUUCUAGGCAGGCGCAGGGAAGUGAUGGGAAAGAGGUCGAACUGGGCAACAUGCCAACAACUCCCGAAGAACGAAAACGGCCAAAGAAGCGGGCCGGUCCGGCCCAGGGGCGGUCAUUAUCAGAGGGGGAAGCGAACAGCCAACAGCGAAUAUGGGAGAGUUCCUGCCGGCGCUGGAAGAGCAGUUCGCUCGCGAACACGGCAUGCUCUCGACUCUGGAAGGAAGGGGGCAAAAUACACGAAUCGUGUGACAAGCACAAGUUGACAUCGAAGAUUUGGUAGAAUAGGGAACUUGUUUAAAUAACGAAAACCGGCAUGCCGCAGGGGUGACGUAGAAGAUGAAGCGGUGCAUUGAAAUCCCUUGACAAGUCGAGCACGCCGAGAUCCGGGGAGAAUUUUCUGCUUUUGCAUAUUCGCGGGAUUCGGAACUUCUAUCCCUGAUAAAAGCGCCAGCGGUGGGAUGGAAAUUGAUGUUGGUCGACUUCACGAGGUCAUGUUGGGUACGUAAUAGGGGCUGUGUGCGAUGGGAACACGAUAUUGGACAACGCCUGAACACUAAACAAUGAUUAUCCCUGCAGAGCGAAAUAACGGGCUGGAAAGGCCGACACCAGCUCCGAGCUGAACCGAGACUUGCAAGAAAGUAAUUCUAUCCUUCUCAAGUUGCUGGCGCUCGGUGAAUACCCUCCGAAGGUGCGAUCCUCCCUGCUCACAUUCGGAAACCGCUGACGAGGAGCUUUCGGUGAGGGACUGGCCUUUGGUUGACCCUCGGCGCUUUUGAAAGCACGAGCCUCGUUGCUCUGUUCUGCUCGAUCGCUCGAUAGGACAAUAUGUCUUGGAGUUGACAGGUCUGAUGCUGCAGAUGGAGACGUUCUCUUCGGGAGGGCACCGCCGAUUGCAGUUGUUGAUGACGGCAUUCAGGCUUCCGGACGGCAUGAGCGACAUGCCCGCUGUGCUAACGACCAUUCCGGGCAACCUAACUUGCUAUACUUUGGGACUAUCAAUCCGAUAGAUUGAUAGUCCCAAAGUAGCCGUUAAGGGAGGAGUUCUCCUUGCCCGACCAGGGUGUCGCCAAGCGCACGCAGCCCAUGCUUCAUCAUCUAACCCGAUACUCUCCGAGAAUCCAUCAGGCUAUCGGAUACUGGGGAUAUCUGGGGCUCGGUUCCUCUUCUAAUCUUCGGCUCUUUGCAAAGUUGCAGUCGUUGAGCAUGCCAUGAUCA